AAAAUGAUCAAAAUUGAAUUAAGCAAUGAAAAGAAUAUUGAGGAAUUUUUAGAGCUAAAUAAACAACAAAAAAUAAAAGAAGCAAAUAAUUUGACUGGAAGGAAGGAGGAGCAGUUGACUGUAGCUGAUAAAGAAGUUUUGCCUGUAAAUUUAAAUAAAGCCAGCUUUACCUUGUCAGAUGCUGCUGUUCUUUUAGGAAGUUCAACUGGUUGUUCCUCUCUAGCGAGUAUUGCAGCAUUGACAAACACUUCUUUCCCUCUAUUUCAACAAUCUUUAAUUAUGGGGAAUCCAACAUCUCUAAAUUCUCCUCUUGUGCAAAAUGGAAUUGUUAAGAGGGCAAAGAGAAAAGCGUCCGGAGGUCUUCCAAUUGGGGCGAAUGGACAAAUUCAGGCUGAUUGUUUAAUUUGUUCGGAUAGAGCGACAGGUAAGCAUUAUGGAAGCGUUUCAUGUGAUGGAUGUAAAGGCUUUUUUCGCCGUACUAUACGCAAAAAACAUAUUUAUGUGUGCCGUUUUAACAGUAAUUGUGUUGUUGAUAAGAAUCAACGAAAUUCCUGUCGUCGUUGUCGCUUUGAAAAAUGUUUAAUAAACGGAAUGCGCCCUGAAGCUGUGCAACUUGAACGUGACAGGAUUGCAGCUACUCGAAGAAGUAAUUGUGACAACAUGAAAAUUUUGGUGAAUGCAGAAAAUGGGGACGACAAGAAGUUACUUAAUAAUUCUCUAAAUAACCAAACACCAAUAUCAUCCCCAACAUCAACAACAAAUAAUGAAGAAUUAAAAUUAAAAAAUGCUGCCAUAGCAGAAAAUAAAGCAAUUAUUUUUCGUUUAAUGAAUGCUGAAAAAAUAUUAUCUUCGAAUAAUAAAAAGGAAGAAAAUAGUGUUAAUGAAAAAGAAAUGAAAGUGGAAAUGAAAAAUAAUUGUAAAAUUGCAACGACUGGGGAUGUGACAGAUUCGGUAAAAAUACAUAUAAAAUUAAUUUUUAAAAAAUUUCCUUGUGGGCGAUAUUUAUGUCCUCCUUCUAAUUUUUAGUUAUUAUUGGGGUUUCUGGCAGACUAGGACACGGAUACGGAUUUCGGUAUCCGGAUAUUUAGGCGGAUACAGGCUGAUAUCCGCAGGCAUUUUGGUAUUAUCUGUAUCCAUGACCAUGUCUGGUUACUGGGAAGCCAAAAUGGGGAUUGGAAUUCCCGGUCAGUCCAUCUUCUUUUUUCAUUUCCCGAGAUUUUUUUUAAAUUCCUAUCUCCUCACAGUCCGAUCUCCAUUCU